GAAGAUGGUUUCCACUGAGGAGCAGCAAACCAAAGUGGAGUCUUCAGCGUCCAGCUGUGUGUCCAUGAGGAGUGACCAGUCCAGAGAACAAAAUCCAUUCUUCAGUUCUGAAAAUGAACAACAAAGAGAUCAGCAGCUCAAACAGAGAGUCCAGUCGUCAACGUCCAGCUGUGUGUCCAUGAGGAGUGACCAGUCCAGAGAACAAAAUCCAUUCUUCAGUUCUGAAAAUGAACAACAGAGUGGUCAGCAGCUCAAACAGAGAGUCCAGUCUUCAACAUCCAGCUGUGUAUCCAUGAGGAGUGACCAGUCCAGGGAACAAAAUCCAUUCUUCAGUUCUGAAAAUGAACAGCAGAGAGGUCAGCAGCUCAAACAGAGAGUCCAGUCUUCAGCAUCCAGUAAUGUGUCCAUGAGGAGUGACCAGUCCAGAGAACAAAAUCCAUUCUUCAGUAACAAAAAUGAACAGCAGAGGUCAGACAGUUUCUAAUACAACUGAGAUAAGCCUGGAAAGCAAAACAGCAAAGGGGACCAAAAUCCGAGUAAUAGUUGGUUGUU